AUGGCUUUCCGCGCUGCUGCUAGAAGGGUCGCUCUCGCCCGUCCCGCCGCGCCCGCUGCUCGUGCAUUCCACUCGACUCCCCGCGCUUUCGUCAAGGUUGGCGACGUCGUGCCUGAUGUGCCUGUUCUCGUCGAGAACUCUCCUGGAAACAAGAUCAGCUUGUCUGAAGAAUUUUCCAAGGUGAAGAACGGUCUCAUCAUCGGUGUCCCCGCCGCCUUCUCGCCUGCUUGCUCGGCGAGCCACAUCCCUUCGUACAUCAACCACCCCAAGCUCAAGGAAGCUGGAGCCGUGUUUGUUGUGUCUGUUAACGACCCCUUUGUGAUGAAGGCCUGGGGCGAGCAGCUGGACCCCGCAAACGAGACUGGCAUCCGUUUCUUGGGUGACCCGACUGCCGAGUUCACCAAGCUUUUGGACCUGGACUUCGACAGCACUGCCAUCUUCGGCAACACCCGUGGCAAGCGUUACACUCUGGUAAUUGAGGACGGCAAGGUCAAGGAGGCCCACGUCGAGCCCGACAACAUUGGCACCAAGGUUUCUUUGGCCGACAAGGUCCUGGGUUAA